AUGUCUGUGCCAGCAUCAGCCCAGGUGCCUCAGCCUCACACCAUACGACCUGUUGGGAGCUGCUUUAGGUUGCAUCAACUAUCUGCGCAGAAUUUGGACCGAUAUUCUAGAGUCCCUUGUGUUUGUGUAGAUCGCAGAUGGUGGGGGACUGGAAAGAAGAUGAUUCUUUCCACUCGUGGCUGCAUAGAGGACCCCAACAGGGAGAAUUUCACACAUGCUGUCUUCACGCGUUUUCAGCAGAAAGAAGACAUCACAAAGUUCCAGAGUAGUGCAUACUAUUCGAAAAUUGUUGAUGAGCACGGCUCGGUUUCUGUAGAUUUCGAGUCCGAGGUGGAAGAUGACAUUAUACCUAUCUUUCGUAGGGGAGAGGAUUUUAACUACGGUGUCGAGUUCAUGCUGCUGAUAUCUUUCUUUUAA